AUGGUAUAUAGUAAAGCUGUUGUUCCUGCAGGGGCUCUGUCUGCGAUAACGCUGAAGGCUGCAGCCCGCAGCCUGUCUCUCAGCCCGGGACAGACAGCCGUCCUGGACUGCAGCAUUGAGAGGGAUAGCGGAGAGCUGGUGAGCUGGUACAAGCAGAGCCCUGGGGAUGCACCUCAGUUUGUUCUCAACCACUACCACACCAACAGCUCUGCUGCUAGAUACGGCUCCAGAUUCUCCUCCGAGCGCUUCACUGCCAGGGCGAAGGACCCACUCACCUACCAGCUACUUUGGGAAAUCUCCUCAGGGGAGAUCCUGCUGUCUGUGCUCUUCGAUGUGGGGAUCAUGUCCGUCACCUUCGACCCCUGUGAAUACUCGAUGUUCUGUGGCGGCAGUGACGGCAACAUCUUCCAGGUCGCUCUGUGUGGAACGAAUCUCCAGCGAGACGAGAGCUUUCAGACUGACCGGGAGGGGAAUCAGGUGUUCAAGGGACACAGGAACCUGGUGACAUGUCUGUCUGUGUCCAUGGAUGGCACGCUGCUACUGUCGGGCUCCCAUGACGAGACUGUAAGGCUGUGGGACAUUCAGAGUAAGCAGUGCGUGAGGACCGUCAACCACAAAGGCUCGGUGACCAAUGCCUUUAUCAUGCCUGCUCCUGCAAACAUGUUCCAGCCGGACAGCCGACCAACCGUGGGACUGCCUCGCUUCUCCCGCCACCUGAACCCCUCGGAGCCAGGGGAGGGGGGAGAGUCGGGGGGGGUCAGCCUGCGCCUGGGGCUCCAUAUGCAGGGCACUGAAGACUCGUACUUGGAGAAGGCUGGCAAAUUGCAUGAGUUGAUGUGUGCAGCCACAGACAAGAGUGUGUUCGGAAUCGGGGAGAAUACCAAGGUGCGAGUGGCGGAGCUGGAGGAUGAGGUGAAGAAGCUAAAGAAGAUCAACAAGGACCUUUACGAGUUCUCAACACAAAUCCUGACCAAGCCACACUGAACCAGGGUAACGCCCAGGGGUACAUUAAGCAGUUGGAGGGUCCUACGGCUGGUUUCAUAGACUCCAAUUAGCUCUUGUCAUAGACUAAUCGGGGUCUGUGAAACCAGCCAGAGUCAAGUGGUCUCUUCGGCUGUGUAAGAAUCUGUUUGUAACUGAUGCUGUCAACCAGGAGGUGUUGUGCAAAGUCAACGAGGGAGCCUCAUUGGGCUUGAUUCUCUAAGAUAUUUUCUGUAAAAGAAAUCGGAGACAACUUUACUGGCUACUUACAGACCCCUAAAAGAAAU